CGGAAUGUUUGAUAUAAAACGCGAUAUCGAGUACUGGUCGCUUCUCAGUUCGUCCGAAACAUCGGUUGUGUGUUGGUUGUGUGUAGCGUCUCUGUCGGUGCGCCAUGCAGAUUCUGAAAGUGUUGUUGGUAGUGCUGGUUGCGGUGAACCUAAGCAACGGUCUGUUCUUCAAGAAGAAGAAAAAAGUGUACGUCCAUCAUCCGCCACCGCCGCCGCCGGUGUACGCGCCGGUCCCGCAGUACACCUACAGCUAUUACUAUCAACCCGUCCCGUACUACUACUAUGAACCGGUGUACGUGACACCGCAGCAGCAUCCGACACCGGCCCCGUACAGUGCGAAUACCCACCCGGUACAGUCGUCCGGCAGGCAGGCGCUGCCCGCGUUCGAUGCGGCCAACUUUAACGGCAAGCCGGAGGUGGAGAUCGUCCCGUCGGUCGGCUUCCAGAUGGGCACGAAAACGGACGUCAUCGAGGUGCUCAAGUCGCCCGGCGUGGAGGUACCGGUCCAGCCGGUACAGACCGAUGCCGGCAGUACCACGGUCCUGAUCGACGAGCUCAAUCCGGACAAUGAUGUGAAACUGUCCUCCGGCGGUGUUAUACCGAUCGCGAACGCUCAGGCAUCGUCCGCAUCGAGCUUCUCCUCGACCGAUCUGCUGCUCAACUCCGUACCGACCGUGAUCGACGUUGGUUCGCGCGGAUCGUUCGAUGGUCGCAACGGCAAGCGCGGUGCGGGUACGGUCGAGGUGUUCAAAUCUCCAGGUGAAUACAUUGAGUUCCCACCCGUCUCGAUACAGAACGAUGAUGACGCCGUGUCCGCGCUGCUCACUGACCAAGCUUUCCUACCCACCAACAGCGAACUAUCGUCCUCAGUAAACACAUUUUCCGCCAGUCAGUCGUUUGCCCAGUCGCAAGCAUUAACCAGCACGAUACACGCACCCGAACUGGACGGCGUCGGUGCGGCGGCGUCCAGCGAUUCCGUGGCCGUUGCCGCACCGCCGGCCGAGGAUGCGCUUGCGUUUCCCGAGGUUCGGCAGGUGCUGCACGAGCUACUCAAUACCAAAAAGUUUGACGAGACGCGAUUCAAGAAAGAUACCACCACGAGCGGUGGCGUUCCGGUGCACCCCAAAGCGGUACAGAUCGAUCCGCAGGUUAGCUACAGCAAGGUGGCCCGCCAAUAGCGAGCGAACGGGCAGGAACACGCAGCCGCCAGAACAUUAUAACCUCUAGAGUCAGCAGUUAACCUACCGAGCGAAUUCUACAGAGAAAAUUCAAGAUGGUCAAACAAUUGCAACUAAUGUAUUUAUUUACCAUUCCUCGCAGAGAUCGAACCCAGCACUAGGGGAAAAGGGCGAUCGCCACGAGCAGUUCCCUGCCAUCGUACAAAAUUCAAACCACUAAAAGCUUAGAGUACGCAAUGCUUCGGAGGAGAUGUAGGAUGCGAGAGCUCGCCACACUGAAUCACUGUUGUUCUAUUUUGUGUCCACUGUACAGAGAACGUGAGGAUCAGCUUGAGAGUGCCUCGGACAACUUUUCCCUUUUUUUUUGCAGGAUAUAUACGUUGCCAAUGUAAUGUUUGCUUUAAUACUCCAAAUAAAUACUACCAUUUUGUCGUA